AUGUUAUCGCAUCAGUACUUGUUAGUUCUAGUUAUUGAACGGACGUAACCAAAAUGAGUUUUGUUAAGAAAGUGGUUCUCAUCACGGGAGGGAGUGCAGGUAUCGGUGCUACUACUGCAGAAUUCUUCGCUAAAGAAGGUGCUUCAGUAGCUAUAGUUGGUAGAAAUGAAGCUAAACUAAACGCAGUUGCUCAACGUUGUCAGAAAUUGGGAGUUCCUACCCUUUCUAUAAAGGCUGAUGUAGCCAAAGAUGAAGAAGCAGACACUAUAGUCAAGAAAACAAUUGACAAAUUUGGAAGACUUGAUGUUCUAGUCAACAAUGCAGGUAUACUGAGAGAAGCUAAUAUUCUAUCAGACAAAUUCUUAUCAACAUAUGAUGAAGUUAUGAACGUUAAUAUGCGAGGUACAAUUCGUAUUACUCACUUCGCUGCUCCUCACCUCAUCAAAACGAAAGGGAACAUCGUUAAUGUAUCAAGUAUUGCUGGAAAAUGCACGGCACGACCAAAUAAUAUAGCAUACAGGACUUCCAAAGCUGCUAUGACUCACUUCACCCGUUGCGUUGCCUUAGAAAUGGCUCCGCACGGAGUAAGAGUCAAUUCUGUGAGUCCUGGCCCAGUCAAGACCGAUAUUUUUGACGGAUUGGAAGUAACUGAAGAUGCUCUGACGAAUAUGACUGCACUGCAUAGAUUGUCGGAGACAAGCGAAAUUGCAGAUAUGAUAGUGUAUGUAGCAAGUGAUAAGGCGAAGGGUACCACUGGUUCUGAUUACGUAGUAGAUAACGGCUGUUUAUUAAGGUAACCUUGGAUAACAUGCAUGUUAAACUGAACAAAAUUGUAUCUUAUUCAUUGCACAUUGUAUCAGUAUAAUAAAAGAAUGAUUCAAGAUAAAAA